GGCACGCCCCGCACCACGCGAGUUCACCAGGCAGGCAGCUUGACUGGGAGUAUCCUCGGCGAUCUCCAGGGAGUGUCAGAAGGGGCCCGGGCAGAAGAGCUUCACGCGGCGCCCAUAUGGAGACAGUUUUCAUGGAGAUCAGGCGGAAGAUGCAGAGCGGGCUGCUGAUUAUCCGUGAGCCAAAUGCAGGAAGUUUGCCAGUGGAUAUUUCAGUGUCUCCAGGAUCAUUAGAGAUAAAAAGCUGUCAAGGCUGCAAUAUGAUCAGCUUUCCUGAAGAGGUCAGGAUUGUUCCUUCUUCCUGCCGAGGACUACAGUACAUAGCUGGAGAUGGUUUACAUGUGAGGCUGCAAAUUGAAGCAGAUUCAAAUACAAAAUUAAUUUCAACUUUGAGUGAAAGUCCAGAGGUACAGAAGAGUUGCAUCUUUUACUGUCAGUCUUGUGGUGAAAUCAUAAUAAAAGAACGGACAUUUCUCAGAGUUCUUCCCCUACCAAGUGAAAACUGGAGUGCUUUGGUUGAGGAAUGGUGCUGCCACCCCAAUCCCUUUGCCAAAAGUGCUCUUCAUCCUCAGAAUGACGACUGUUUUUUUGAACACACUUACUUUCUGGUGAAUUCAGGAAGUAAGUCAUAUGUACCUGCAACUGAAAUAGUCCAUUUAGAGACUGAACAUUCUGCUUCUGAGAGGAGCUUUGCCUUGAAAUCAAAGGAAAAUACCACAGUAAUUUGUAAGCGCUGCAAGAGAAUGCUGGGAGAGACGGUAUCAUCAGGGAUUACAAAAUAUUAUUUCACUGAGAUGAUUAUUCAGCCACCUGGAAAAAAAUUUGACAUGAUACCAAGGUCUCAGUUUGUACAGAGCAUUAUAGCUCAAUGUCUCAUGCAGUUAUCCUCUGCCAGAAGUACGUUUAGGUUCAGAAUACAAGGGCAUGAUGGAAAAAUCUACAUCUUGAUGUGGCUUUUAAAUUCUGACACUUUAUUGGUGGAAUCUAUGGGAAAUUCAGCAUCCAGCAGUGUGUUUACAUUGUUUGAAGAUAAUUUGAGGCUUGACUCCAAGUCUUUAGGCACAUGGGAUGCAGUCAAAGUUCUUUAUCAUCCCUGCAUUAAAAACAGGAAUAAGGAGCUGUCUGAUGCAUGGGAAAAUGAUAUUGGAGUUCAUCCUCUAACAUUUCCAUCAAAAACCUGUUUGGAAUUGUUGUUGAUACUGAGUUUGAGUACUGCUUCUCUGCCACCUUCACUACGCUUCAUGAACUCCUUCCAGGUUGCCUUUUUGAAGAUGUAAAGAACCCACAUCCAUUAUUUGAAGAUUACCUUGAGAGGAGUUUUCACUUAACAUACAGAAAUGUAAGGAUCACUUCUAUUGGGAUGACUUUCCAGAAAAAACCACACAGGGUGCAAAACCUCAAAAUAUUUUAGCUUUAAUAUUUGUUGGAUUUUUUGUUUUGAAAGAGCAAAGCCAAUGACAGAGAAAUUCAUUCAGAUUAGGGAGGUUAAAAAAUGGGUAAUUGAGUAACCUUGUAACUGCUGAAAAUGUCAGUGGUUACACAGUUACACAUACGAGGUGACAGCCAGCUGCCUUAGUUCAGACAGGCACACAUUAUAAGACUGGAGUUCUGAGAGUGACUUAUGUCUGAAGGCGGGCGUGACCAUAAUCAUGAUGUCUUCAUCACCAAGGGAGAAGGAGUCAAUAAUCUUGAUGGAGCAGUGGUUGAUAGUAAAUUGUGUAUUUUAUGUAGAAAAUGGAAGAACUUGUAGCUAGGAGAGGAUAUAAAAUAUUUAUUGUAGUGAAUCCUAACUAAGAAACAUAUGCAACUUUUAUUACACUAGUCAUUGUUUUGAAUUGGCAGAGGUUAUCAGGUGACUGGAACUGUAAAAUGUAAGCUGUUGUUUUCCACCAACCUUAUGUAUGUAGCAUAUACAUUUUUCCCAUCUGAUAUCCGACUCGGUAAUCAAGAGAGAAGGUACUAUUUGCAUAUCUGUAUCCUAUGUAAAACUGAAUGAAAUUGAUAAUGCAUUGGCUAAAGUUAACAACAAAAAGUUUUUGUGAUUGUUUAAAAUAAAUGAUCUUGCAGCUAUAAAAACGGUGCUUGUGUCUACAGGGUUUAUGGAAGUUUCUGGAUUGGCAGCCCUGGAGGCAGAAAUCCUCUGUUUGCAAAGCUAAUCCAUCUUAGGUUGUGACUGCAUAAACUUCCCCACUGCAUAAACUUCCCUUCCUCUAUCUUCUUAAGUGCCUCAAUUCUGACUUGGCGGGACCAUAUCUAGAAAUAGUUCAGUCCUUGUGGCCCAUUCAGUGCUUUCUCUUACGAGACUGUCAACAAGAGUUGACAGGUGAGUUAGUGCUGAGUGGAGUUGGUGGCAGCUUCUGUGUUUUAGACACUUAUCUACUUGUAAUUGGACUGAUAACUACCAAAUGCAUUCUGCGUGGAACAAAUAACCUUGCACGGUUUCCAAUUUUGGAGUGGACCUCUCAUUCUUCAGUUGUCAGUAAUCAUUUUGGUCUCUGUUGCGCAGAAAGAGUAUCAGAGAGAACUUGUAUACAGUAUAUGUGUGGGCAGUAGAGAGAAAGAUGAGCUGUUUUUCUCUGCAUAAGCACUAGUGCUGCCAUAGUUCAGCAGCAACCCUGUUGUCUGCCCAAGUUAAAGAUAUAGCUGAGAAUAUUCAUAUUGCUGAGCCCUUUUUUACUAUAUGUCUGAGCCCUCUAUUAACAUACAUUCGGAACCCCGCCCAUUUUGUAACCUUAAUGUAAUCUGUUUUCUUAGAUGGCCUCAAGUUUGCCACAGAGUACCCUAGGGUCAAAAACUGAGCAUGAUUCAAAAAGGGAGUCACAUGUUUUUAAGGAUAACCACACAGUUCAGAGUUAUAGAAGCUUAUGCUAUCAUACAUAUUGGUUUGAGUAAUUAAACCCGAUGAUUUAGAUGAUAAACUAAUAUGGAUUAGGAGGAGACCAAAUGUUAGCACAUGUUUCUCUAAUUUGUUUGUGUCUUCCUCUGAAGUAUCUGGUCCACACCACUUUUCAAGACAGAACACUGGACUACCUGGACCAUGGGUCUAAUCCAGCCUGACAGUUUGUACAUCCCAAAGCUGCUUGGGAGAAGCAUUUCUACUUAAAAUAGUAGAAGAAAUUCUGUUUAUAUAGGCUGACUUUUUUCAAUAAUUCACUUUAAGUAAUUAAAAAGAGAGACAAGGUAAGUGUGGUAAUAUCUUUUUUUGGCCCAACUUCUGUUGGUGCAUGAGAAGAGCUUUUGAGCUUAACCUACCCCCUUGUCUUUCUUUAAUAUCCUGGGACCAACACAGCAGCAGCUACACUGCAAACAAUUAAGAAAUAAGAAAGCUGUGAGCUUGUCAAAGGACAACUCUCUAAGACUACAUCUACACAGUGGAGCUAUUUCACGAUACCUGUGAUAUCCCGAAGUAGCUAUUCCGUGUCUUAAGAGCAAGCCUGUUAUAUCGAAAUACAGGCAGUCCCCGGGUUACGUACAA